AUGUAUUGAACGAACAAUACGAUAUAUAUAUUUAUUUAACUUUACUACUAAAAACAAGCGAGAAGAAAUAGCGGCAAAAAGUGUUAGUCAACAAUGGCGGAUAAGAAAUCAAAAGGCGAUGGAAAGCAGAACAAGCAACAAAAGAGAGGAUCUAAGGUUAAAACCGAAGGCGGAGGUGAUGCCGAUGACUUCGAUGCCUGGAUGAAGUCUCGCCAAUUAGUAAAACCAGAUGAUCAAUUAGAGUUGACCGAGGCUGAACUCUCGGAAGAAAUAACAAAGGUGUUGACACCCACAAAUACUAAUAUCGUUCGGAAUCUGGUGAUUUACAGCUUCAAGGAAGGCGAAUAUGUUCCAGCUCCAUUACCGGGCAAUACGGUCACACUAUUAAGUUUUUCGGGAAAUUCGCUACACGUCGAUUCAGAAGAGGCGCGACGACAAAUCGAGGAAUCAGAUGAAAUUGGUUAUCCACUGCCAAUGCCCAAAUUUUCAGUUAUAGAACUUCGGGAGUCUGAGGCUGUGGAUGCUGAGGAGGGGCAAGAGGAAGGUGAGGACGAAGAUAGGAGAAGUGAGGGUAAGCUAGGCCAAGAAGAACAAGAUAGUGAGGGUGAAGAGGAAGAGGACGAAGGAAAGACAGCAGAGGGCGAUGGGGCGGAAGGUGAGGAAGGACCGGCCGAGGCUGCAGCUGAUGACGAAGAACCGACUGAGCAGAUGCGUAUGGCAGCCCCGGCGGGCAAGAAACGCAAGCUUAUUAAUCAAUUCAAUUAUUGCGAGCGAGCCGCUCUAACCUUCAGCUACCCAAAGCGAAAUGUGGACACACAAACCAUUCCGCCGCCACGCUCGCAAUAUGGAAGUAACGUCUUGCAAUGGGUCAUAUACGAUACAUAUUUGGCUGACUUCGAGGAGCAGCAAAAGGACCAGUCCACCAAGCAUACGGACCGCAAACGCAGUCUCCGGCAAAAGAAGUUCAAAGACAAAUCCGCACUAGCCGAGCAACUGAACCGCAAGUAUCUGAAAUGCUGGCAGAUACUCGAACGGAUGAUAAUCCAAAAUAUAUUCAAUGACAUUGCUCACGACUAUCGCUAUUGGGAGGAUCCGGCCGAUGAAUUUCGCGAGGGAGAGGGAAAUAUGCUGCCGCUUUGGAAGUUUCAAUAUGAAAAGACAAAGAAAAUGUGCGUUACCGACAUAUUGUUUAAUCCAAGCUAUUACGAUCUAUUCGCUGUUUGCUUUGGCUCGCAUGACUUCACGAAACAGCUAGACGAAGGUUAUUUGUGCCUGUUUACUGUUAAAAAUCCAUCCUUUCCGGACUACAUAAUUCAAACCGAUUGCGGCGUCAUGUGCUGCGACAUACACCCACACUUUCCUUUUCUUGUCGUGGUCGGGCUAUAUGACGGAAAUGUGGCGGUCUACAAUUUGCGCGAAAACUAUCGCACUCCGCUAUAUCUUUCCAGGGGAAAUAAUUGUAAACAUGAGGAGCUCGUGUGGCAAAUCAAAUGGGGUCCUGAUAUGACGGACGGUGAGAUCAACUUUUUUUCAGUGUCUUCCGAUGGUCGUGUGCUUUAUUGGAUACUGCAGCAAAAUAUGCUUUGGGUGACGACAUUAAUUACGCUCUAUCUGGAAAACGGUCUGGUCGAUGGGCCUGACGGCACAAAGGUUCAUCUUAAAAGUUGCGGCUGUUGCAUCAAAUUUCAUCCUGUCGAGCCAAAAAUAUUCCUAAUUGGCACUGAAGAAGGCCUCAUUUACAAAUGCAGCACCACCUUUAAUUCCAAGUAUUUGAUGACAUAUGAGGCGCACAACUUAUCCGUUUAUAGCAUCGACUUCAAUCGUUUCAAUUCCGAUAUAUUCGUAUCGUGUAGCGGGGAUUGGCGCGUCAAAGUGUGGGAGGACAUGCGUGCCGAGCCCCUGUUCAUAUUUGAUUUGGGAUCCGCGGUCGGAGACGUGAAAUGGGCGCCCUAUUCAAGCACAGUUUUUGCGGCCGUAACCACAGAAGGCAAAGUGCACGUAUUCGAUUUGAAUGUGGACAAAUACAAGGCCAUAUGCAUACAGGCGGUAGUUCCCAAGCGCAAGAACAAACUGACCCGUCUAGCUUUUAACGAGAAGUUGCCCUUUAUAAUUGUGGGAGACGAGAAGGGUGUUACCACAUCCUUAAAGCUAUCACCGAAUUUGCGCAUGAUGGUCAAGCCGCCGAAGAAACAGCUAUAUCUCGAUCAAAACACAUUGCAAAUUAGCAAAUUAGAAAAACUGUUGUCCUUGGUGCGUGAGACACCGGGAGAAACCACACCGUCCACUAUGGGCGCCUAAGCGUUAUUUUCAUUAUCACGGAAGGAACUGUAUAAAAUUGAUGAUCGUUAAUUUCAGAUUUUGUAAGACUAUUUAUUAAUGUGUUAUGAAAAUUACGUAUACGCACUUUUUCAUCCUGCGAAAAA